AUGAGAAGUAAACAUGAAACCUUAGGAAAGACUGAAGACAACCUCCCAGCAACCAGACAGAAAGUUCGGUGUUCCACCCCUACAGCAGCCCCUGGAAGGCCCAGGCAGGCUCACGUUUGCGCAGUUUCACAUCGGACCGACGUGUGGUGCUCCCCAGAGGGGUCAGUUGAAGAAGAGGCCCAGACUCUGGCAGAGAGCAAGGUGAGGACCUCGAGCGAGGACUAUGUGUCUUCCCAGCGCAGAGGCGGAGAGACGGGCCCUCACGGCCUCCCCCCGGGUCUAGGGCUGAUGGAGGUCUUGGGCACAGCUUCUUCUGUACCCUCCUCUCCCUCUCAUGAUCCGGAAACCUUGGAAGAAGUGUCGGAUCUUGAGACACCCCCAAGUUCUCCAAGAGCAAUUUCUUCUUUAAUUUCAGAGUCAGAGGCUUCUAGUACUUUCCAGGAAGGCAAGUCUCUGGGCACCGGGGAGGGCCAGCCAGAUGUUGAGUCCAUCAUCAGAGGUGUAAUGCAGGAAAAAGUGGCUGAUUUGCUGCAUUUCCUGCUCCUCAAGUACCGCACAAAGGGGCCCAUCACAAAGGCAGAACUGCUGGCAGCUGUCACCAAACAGUAUGAAGACUACUUCCCUGUGAUAUUUAAGAAAGUCUGUGAGUGUAUAGAGCUUGUCUUUGGCAUCAGACUGGAGAAAGACGAUCCUGCUGGAAACUCCUUUGUUUUCCACAACACUCUAGAUUUCACCUCUGAAGACAUCCUGCAUAAUGAACAUGGUGUGCCCAGGUCUGGGGUGCUUCUACUGAUCCUGAGUGUGAUCUUCAUGGAGGGCAACAGAGCCACUGAGGAGAAGAUCUGGCAAGUGCUGAAUAAAACAGGCGUGUAUGCUGAGAAGUUGCAUCCAGUUUAUGGGGACCCUAGGCAGUUCAUCACCAGAGGUUUGGUGGAGAAAAAGUACCUGUUAUACCAACAGGUGCUCAACAGUGAUCCUGCCCGCUAUGAGUUCCGCUGGGGCCCAAGGGCCCAUGCAGAAACAAGCAAGAUGAAAGUCCUAGAGUUUCUGGCCAGGAUCAAUGAUACUGUCCCAAGUGCCUUCCCUACCUGGUAUGAGGGUGCAUUGAGGGAUGAGGAAGAGCGGGCCAAGGCGAGAACUUCCUCUACAGAUGCCACAGCUGCCACAGCCAGUUCAAAUCCCAGUGCUAAAUCCAGCAAUUUGUCAGGCCCCAGUGGAGACUCUGUUUGA